AUGGAAACGCUGGAUGAAGCCGAGUUCUGUUUUCCAUCGUUCAACAACUCCUGCAGGAAGACGAUUCGACCUCAUGUGGAGGCCACACUCAUCUACACCCUCCUCUCCUCCAUCACUCUGGUCACUGUGGUCCUGAACCUGCUGGUCAUCAUCUCUAUCUCCCAUUUCAGGCAGCUCCACACCACCACCAACCUCCUUCUCCUCUCUUUGGCUGCCUCAGACUUCCUUAUGGGUCUUCUACAGAUGCCAGUUGAAAUCCUCCUUUUCCGAGGCUGUUGGAUCCUGGGUGAUUUUGUAUGCAGCUCCACACCACCACCAACCUCCUCCUCCUCUCUUUGGCUGUCUCAGACUUCCUUGCAGGUCUUCUAG